AAUUGAUAAUUACAGUAAAAGCAUGCAGUGCAGCGCUAAUUGCACUACUGAUUGAAAACAUAAAUGAUUCAUUGUCAUGGUGGGAGAUCUUGAUCAACUGUGGAGAGGAUUUACAGUGUGCUUGUUUGCAGCAGUUGAAUUCCAUCCUGACAUGAUGUCUUCAUGCUGUAGACUCCCAGACAUAAACAGAGCAGCAGUGUGUGCUGUGGCUCUCUCCAUGUAAGGAUGUGCAGCAGAGUGGAGCAGAAUGAGACGUGUCUCCGCGGUACAGCUGUUGCCUCAGUCUACACACCAUAAACUUCCAUAAACUCUCCGCAGUGAGAAGCGGCACUGCGCGGUCACGUGUGUUCGUGGACGCGCUGCAGUGUGGAUACCCCGGGGAGCGGAACGGGCGGCCCCCUCAUCCUGUAGCUGAUCUCGACUCUGAUCUGUGAUAGGGGGAAGUUCAUGAUGAUUAUCUGAAGAGUUUAGUCUGUGGGAAUUACACGACCUCCGUGACGGUGCACUGCUGCAGCUUUGGAGCUGACUCGGUCUUUACCGCUGCUGCGGAGUGCCGGCAAAUAUGGGGAUGUUUACAGGCUUCAUUUUUCUGUGCAUGCUCCAAGCUGCUGUCCCACAACAUCUGGAACAGGAAGGGCCCAGGCCCUUCAAUGGGAGAGGUGACAGUCCAGACCCAGUUCAACCUCCAGUUUGUAAGACUGGAAUAAUCGACUGUCCCAUCAAGCUGUUCUUCACCAUCGACACCUCCGAGACUAUUGCCUUACAAGAGUCUCCUCCUGGGAUUCUGGUGGAACAAAUCAAAGAGUUCACGAAGAUCUUUGCCCAGAAGCUGGCUGAUGAAGAGUACAACGGCCAGAUCCAGAUCAGCUGGUCCAUAGGAGGCCUGCAUUUCUCCCAGACUCAGAUUGUCUUCAGCCCGUUCACCACCAGGGAGAACUUCAUCAGGAGCCUGACUGGGAUCAGUUACCUGGGAAAAGGCACCUACAUCGACUGUGCUCUGAAAAACAUGACCCACCUUCUGACUCAGCACUACUCAGGAACCAAGGCCGUCCUUUUCUCUGUGGUCAUCACUGACGGCCAUGUGACAGGAAGCCCCUGUGGGGGCAUCAAGGCCAUGGCAGAAGGAGCUCGUGAGAGAGGAAUCCACGUUUUCUCCGUGGCAGCGUCCAGAAACAUUGAUCAUUUAGGGAUGAGAGAAAUUGCCAGCACUCCUUCUGAACUUUACCGGGACGACUACAUUGCGGUGGACAUCGUUAACGGGCGUCCAAAAAUAAAAACUGAAUCCAUUGAACGCAUCAUAAAAGCCAUGAAAUACCAGGCCUACUCACAGUGUAAUCAUCAGCAUAGAUGCUUCGAGACUCCUGGGAUUCCUGGACCAAGGGGACCUCGAGGUUCCAAGGGUGCAAAAGGAGACAGAGGUCAAAUUGGUCUAAAAGGUGAUAAGGGCAGGCAGGGUGACCCUGGUAUCGAAGGUCCAAUUGGAAGACCUGGUCCAAAGGGUGAAACUGGUUUCAAAGGAGAUAAGGGUGAAACUGGAGCAUAUGGAACAAAGGGUACUGCAGGAGUACCCGGCAGGGAUGGAACUGACGGCCAGAAGGGUAAAAUGGGUCAUAUUGGAGCUCCUGGCUGCAAAGGUGAUCCUGGUGACAAGGGAGCUGAAGGCUACCAUGGAGAAGUUGGUGAGACUGGACCGCCUGGUGACGUUGGACCUAAGGGAGAUGUUGGUCAACCUGGGAAACCUGGGCCCUUUGGUCCUGAUGGAGAAGUUGGAGCAAAGGGAGAAAGAGGAUAUCCAGGAAAUCCAGGGCCACCAGGAGAUAAAGGACCUUUGGGGCCUGAUGGUUUACCUGGUCCGAAAGGCGAAGAGGGAAGUAGAGGAGCAUCUGGACCAAAGGGCGGACCAGGACCUGAUGGGACAAAAGGAGAAAAGGGGGAACGAGGUCCACUGGGGAUCAGGGGACAGCCGGGGGUAGAAGGACCCAAGGGUGUGAAGGGAGACCAAGGACUACCAGGACCGAGGGGUCAGCCAGGGGAAUUAGGUUCCCCGGGUGUAAAUGGCACCAGGGGCGAUGCAGGAGAUCCUGGACCACAGGGGGAGAUGGGAACCAUAGGACCGAAGGGAGACAAGGGUAGACAAGGAUUCAGCUACUCUGGGCCACGUGGACCACCUGGAGAGACAGGUGAUCCAGGAAACAAAGGACCCAGAGGAGCCAGAGGUGAAUGUGGCCCUAAAGGAGAGGAUGGAAACAAAGGAGCAGUAGGAGAGGAGGGAGUACCGGGGGAGCACGGUGAAACAGGAGAGAGAGGCCCCAGAGGAGAAUCUGGAAAAGAUGGAGAUCCGGGGCCUGUUGGCGAUCCCGGCCUGACUGACUGUGAUGUCAUGUCUUAUAUCAGGGAAACGUGUGGUUGUUGUGACUGCGAGAAGCUCUGUGGAGCUCUGGACAUUGUGUUUGUCAUCGACAGCUCAGAGAGUGUGGGCCUGACAAACUUUACCCUGGAGAAGAACUUUGUCAUUAACACCAUCAAUCGUCUGGGCUCCAUGGCCAGCAACCCUGCAUCACCGACCGGCACCAGAGUCGGUGUUGUGCAGUUCAGUCACAACGGGACCUUCGAGGCCAUUCGUCUGGAUGAUCCCAACAUCGACUCCAUGUCUGCCUUUAAAAUGGCUGUGAAGAAUCUUCAGUGGAUCGCCGGAGGCACCUUCACCCCAUCGGCCCUCAAGUUUGCCUACGACACCCUCAUCAAGGACAGCAAGAGGGCUCGAGCCAAAGUGUCCGUGGUGGUGAUCACAGACGGUCGCUUUGACCCACGUGAUGACGACGGCCUGCUGCAGUACCUUUGUGCGGACAACAACGUGGUGGUGAAUGCGAUCGGAGUGGGCGACAUGUUUCAGAAGCAGCAGGACGACGAGAUCCUGGGGUCGAUAGCGUGCAAUAAGAAGGAACGAGUGACUCAGAUGAGGAACUACAUCGACCUGGUGGCCGAGGACUUCAUAGAGACGAUGGAGACUGUGCUCUGUCCAGAACCAGUGAUUGUGUGCCCCGAUCUGCCGUGCAAAAGUGAACCUGAAGUAUCUCCUUGCAGUGAACGCCCAGUGGAUUUGGUAUUCCUACUGGAUGGUUCUGAGCGUCUUGGGAAUGAAAACUUCCGCUUGGUCAGAGAGUUUGUGCAAAAGGUGCCAGUGCGUCUGGGUCUCUCCCGGGGCAAGAAUGACCGUAUGCGAGCUCGCUUAGCACUGAUGGAGUUUGGCAAAGAGAAUGAAAACCACUUAGCCUUUCCUCUCACGCAUAACCACACCAUUAUCACUGACGGCAUUGAGGGUCUGCCUUAUUUGGACACGUCAUCAAGUGUGGGGCCUGCGAUUCUUCACGCCAUUGACAACAUCGUGGGUAAAGGAAACGAUCGACUGACGAGACGCAAUGCAGAGAUUUCCUUUGUUUUCAUCACAGACGGCGUCACUAACAGCACCAACUUGGAGGAGGCGGUCAGUGCCAUGCGCGGGGCACAGGUCGUCUCCACGGUGAUAACCACAGGGAGUGACAUUGACCAGGAAGUUUUAAUGAAGCUGGCUAUGGGCGACCAGGACGCCAUCUUUAAAGGAAAAGACUUCUCUGAAAUGUUGGGCUUCAGUCUGUUUGAACGCUUCAUCCGAUGGGUGUGUUAAAGAAACAUCCCAUAAACAUGGUUGUCAUGACGGUGCUACUGCUGUUCAUCUAGCAUUAAUUAGCAAUAAUUAUUGUUUUUACAAUUUUGCUCGGCACUGUAUACAUUUCAAACAUCACUGCAGUAGUACUCGCCUUCAGUAUCGUGUUGUAGAAAGACGUGGCACAGUCGAGACUUCAACGACGGAAAUGCUUUACUAGAUGACGAUAAUAAAACUGCAGUUUGUUA